GAAACACACUGGAGAAAAGCCAUUUGAAUGUUCCAAAUGUGGCAAAUGUUAUUUUAGAAAAGAAAAUCUCCUGGAACACGAAGCCAGAAAUUGCAUGAACCGAUCCGAGCAGGUUUUCACGUGUUCGGUCUGCCAGGAGGUGUUCAAGAGGCGAAUGGAGCUGCGGCUGCACAUGGUGUCACACACGGGGGAGAUGCCAUACAAGUGCUCCUCCUGCGCCCAGCAGUUCAUGCAGAAGAAGGACCUGCAGAGCCACAUGAUAAAGCUGCACGGCGCGCCAAAGCCCCACGCGUGCUCAACCUGCUCCAAGUGCUUUCUGUCUCGGACAGAGCUGCGACUGCACGAGGCCUUCAAGCACCGGGGAGAGAAGCUGUUUGUCUGCGAGGAGUGUGGGCACAGGGCCUCGAGUCGCAACGGCCUGCAGAUGCACAUCAAGGCCAAGCACAGGAACGAGCGGCCCUACGUUUGUGAGUUCUGCCACCAUGCCUUCACGCAGAAAGCCAACCUCAACAUGCACCUGCGCACGCACACCGGUGAGAAGCCCUUCCAGUGCCACCUCUGCGGCAAGACCUUCAGGACGCAAGCGAGCCUGGACAAGCACAACCGGACCCACACCGGGGAGCGCCCCUUCAGCUGCGAGUUCUGCGAUCAGCGCUUCACAGAGAAGGGGCCCCUGCUGAGGCACAUCGCCAGCCGGCACCAGGAGGGGAGGCCACACUUCUGUCAGAUCUGCGGGAAAACAUUCAAAGGUAACGGCCAGNNGCGCGUCCACGUCCGCCGGCACAAGGGCGUGAGGAAGUUUGAGUGCACCGAGUGCGGCUACAAGUUCACGCGGCAGGCUCACUUGAGGCGCCACAUGGAGAUUCAUGACCGGGUGGAGAAUUACAACCCCCGGCAGCGGAAGCUGCGGAACCUGAUCAUCGAGGACGAGAAGGCCGUGGUGGUGGCACUGCAGCCGCCUCCGGCGCUGGAGGUGGGCUCGGCCGAGGCGAUUUUCGUGGAGUCCCUGUCCCGUGGCUCCCUGCCCGAGGAGAUCCCCGUGCAGAGACUCUGCUCAAACGAGAACUUCUCUACAUCGGAUGUGAUUGAGCAAUCACUAAUUAUAACGACGACAAUUCCUGAAGACUGUGAAACAUAG